AUGAACACAAUCACCUUCCUUCGAAACCGCGCUAUAAAUUCCGCGCGAAGAAUCCCCAUUGCUUCCAACAAUCCAUCGUUUUUUCUUUCUCCACUACAUCACCAUACCAUUGAUUUGCCACAACCACGUUUCAAUCUUCACCACCCUUUUCGAAUACUAGGGUUUCAUAUUAACGAUGUUUCAACUAUUGCAAGAGCUGGAUUCAAGUUUCAAAGUUUCUCAACUUCCAUUGAGACACGUGGAAGUGAGAAUAGUUUUGAGAGGAUUUAUAUUCAGGGUGGUAUGAAUGUGAAGCCGUUCACGGUGGAGAGUGUUCAUAAGGGCGAAGAGAAUGGUGUAAGAGAAGAAGAGUCUGUUGUGGAAAAACAAGCUUGGAAGUUGUUGAAGGAUGCUAUUGUGACUUAUUGUGGGAAUCCCGUGGGGACAGUGGCUGCAAAUGAUCCAGGUGAUAAAUCGCCGUUGAAUUACGAUCAAGUUUUUAUUAGGGAUUUUAUUCCUUCUGCUCUUGCUUUCUUGCUUAAAGGAGAGGAUGAGAUUGUCAAGAACUUUCUUCUUCAUACCUUGCAAUUACAGAGUUGGGAGAAAACUGUGGACUGCUACAGUCCAGGACAGGGCUUGAUGCCUGCUAGUUUCAAAGUUAGAACCGUUGCUAUUGACGGGGAUACUCACGAAGAAGUUUUAGAUCCUGAUUUUGGUGAAUCAGCUAUUGGUCGUGUUGCACCUGUAGAUUCAGGAUUGUGGUGGAUCAUCCUAUUGCGGGCAUAUGGGAAGAUCACCGGUGACUAUAGCUUGCAAGAAAGGGUUGAUGUCCAAACAGGGUUGAAAAUGAUUCUUAAACUGUGUCUAACAGAUGGUUUUGAUAUGUUUCCAUCUCUGCUAGUCACUGAUGGAUCUUGCAUGAUAGACAGGCGUAUGGGCAUUCAUGGUCACCCCCUUGAAAUCCAAGCAUUAUUUUACUCAGCUCUUCGCUGUUCACGUGAAAUACUUGUUGUAACUGAUGAAACCAAUGAUCUUGUUAGAGCCAUUAACAACAGACUGAGUGCACUGUCAUUCCACAUUAGACAAUAUUAUUGGGUCGAUUUGAAAAAGAUGAAUGAAAUAUACAGGUAUAAAACAGAAGAGUACUCCAUGGAUGCCAUCAACAAAUUCAACAUCUAUCCAGAACAAAUUCCUUUCUGGGUAAUGGAUUGGAUUCCUGAAAAAGGUGGGUAUCUAAUUGGGAAUCUGCAACCAGCUCACAUGGAUUUCCGGUUUUUCACACUUGGUAAUCUUUGGUCUAUUAUUUCAUCUCUGAGCACCCAAAAACAGAAUGAGUCUAUUUUAAAUCUGAUACAAGAAAAGUGGGAUGAUCUCGUGGGGCAUAUGCCACUUAAAAUAUGUUAUCCUGCCUUGGAUAAUGAAGAGUGGCGGAUAAUUACUGGUAGUGAUCCGAAGAAUACCCCUUGGUCAUAUCACAAUGGUGGAUCCUGGCCUACCCUUCUAUGGCAGUUCACACUGGCAUGCAUCAAAAUGGGGAGAAUUGAACUAGCUCAGAAAGCAGCUGAUUUAGCUGAGAAAAGGCUGCCAGUUGAUUCUUGGCCUGAAUAUUACGAUACUCGUUCUGGAAAAUUUAUUGGAAAGCAAGCACGGAUGUAUCAAACAUGGACCAUAGCUGGGUUCCUUACAUCCAAGAUGCUUUUGAAGAAUCCUGAAAAGGCAUCCAUGUUAUUCUGUGAGGAAGAUUACGAUCUUCUGGAGUAUUGUGUUUGUGGACUUAGCCAAAAGGGAAGAAAAAAAUGCUCCAGAAUUGCUGCCAAGUCUCAGAUUCUUGUAUGA